AUGGAGGACGGAGUAUCGGCUUCCAUGGACAUAGGCUUUGAAGAGCUGUUCACGUUUAUUCCUGUGUCAAUACUGACUCGUUCUAGGGACAAUAUCCUCGAGAAGUCUCAUACAGAUACCUUCACAAGAGAACCAAGCGGCCUGCGUCUCCAGCAGGUGGCGGAACCCCCCCCCCUCAAAAGAAGGUUACCACAAAAGAGCCAGCGAAAGAUGCGCCCAAAACUCCAGGAACAGCGCCAGCUCCUGGUCCAGCUUCGAUUUCCAUGGCUGACUUGCACACUGGGGUACUGGGGUACAAAGAAGGCGAUCCCGGAAUUAGACAAGAUCCCAUACACCUAUUCAACAGUGAUGGAUGGGGGGAAAAAAAUAUACACAAUCACUGCCAAGGGCAACAAUCCAGAACCGAUCGAUAACUUUGAAGUUGACCCAGCAAAGAACAUAUUUACGGUCUUAAAUGCUCAAAACAACAAUGAUAAUACUCCUGGGAAAUUGUCGUUGUCCGAGUUAAUGAUGAGUGUCUGGAAGAAAGAGGGCAAACUCCCCAAAAAUUUGGAGAUGGUACGAUAUGACGAUGUGACGAAUAGCGCAGCAAAGGCUGGCAUCAAAUAUGCAUACAAAGACCAUAAGCUGGAUAUUCCUUUUGGUGUGAAAGCAUCUGACCAGGCCGGUAAGAAAGAGGUUUUCAAAGAUCUGGCAUCUGUCAAUACAAAAGGUACUCUCAUGGGAAACGAGCUGACGGGUAGCCUUCAAAAAAUACUCAGAGAAUAUGACAUGGACGGCAAGAAGGUUACUGAGGUCUCUGUUUCUUAUAACGAAUAUGGUCAGGUAAUCAUGGAGGCGAAACUGGGUAAAUGA